AUGUUCCGCACCAAGUCGAGAGAGCCUGGCCAGCUCAUCCUCGAGCAAGGGCCCUCGGGCUCUGUUGGCGACGAUGGCCGCUUCAAGAUUCGUUUCCAUAGCGAAGCCCACUCCCUUGCCUCCUGGUAUCACGACCUUCAGUUGAAACGAUCCUGCAAACACCCACCCAGCCGUCCAGCCUCGCCCGAAGCUCCCAAGACCGAUCCUGCUAGCAUCCCCCGCCUCAACAUCGCCAUACACAUCGUUGGCUCCCGAGGCGAUGUCCAGCCAUUCAUCCCCAUUGCCCAGAGCCUUGGCAAAGCCCCGCACAAUCACAGAGUGCGCAUCUGUACUCACCCAGUCUUCAAGGAUUUUGUCGAGGAGCAAGGCGUCGAGUUCUUCAGCAUAGGCGGUGAUCCAGAGGCUCUCAUGUCCUACAUGGUCAGAAAUCCCGGUCUGCUACCUAAUAGAGAGAGUGUCAAGGCCGGUGAUGUCGGCAAGCGUCGCGAGGAGAUGGCCGAAAUCAUCAAUGGCUGCUGGCGGAGCUGUAUCGAGGCUGGUAACGGCAUGGGUGAGCCCAUCACGGCUGCUUCUGUCAAGGACCCCAAGGACCUCUUCCUCGCCGACGUCAUCAUCGCCAAUCCGCCCUCCAUGGCCCAUAUUCACUGUGCAGAGAAGCUUGGUAUUCCUUUGCACAUGGUCUUCACCAUGCCUUGGUCCCCGACCGACGCCUUCGCCCAUCCACUAGCAGCCAUGAACUACGGUGGCGCCGACAAGAAGAUGGCCAACUACGUCUCCUUCAUCAUGAUGGAGCUCCUUACAUGGCAAGGCCUCGGUGACUUGAUCUCCAGAUUCCGCCACCAGAAGCUCGGUCUCGACCCCAUUAGUCCUCUCUGGGGCUUCCAUCUACUUACACGCUUGCGCGUCCCGUUCACCUACCUAUGGUCAAAGGCGUUGAUUCCCAAACCCAAGGACUGGGGGUCAUACAUCAACAUUACCGGCUUCUCCUUUCUACCCCUUGCCAGCUCGUACACUCCCCCCGACGACCUUACUGCUUUUCUCGCCGCAGGACCGGCCCCCAUCUACAUUGGCUUCGGUUCUAUUGUUGUUGAGAAACCGGAAGAGCUCACCAAGCUUCUUUUUACAGCGGUCAAGCAGGCUGGUGUACGUGCCAUCAUCUCCAAGGGCUGGAGCAAGUUCACUGGCAAUGAUGUGCCCGACAGCAUCUAUCUCAUCGGCAACUGUCCUCAUGACUGGCUCUUCCAGCGUGUAUCUGCCGUCGUACAUCACGGUGGCGCCGGAACUACUGCUGCUGGUAUUGCCGCCGGGAAGCCUACUGUCGUAGUUCCCUUCUUUGGAGACCAGGCUUUUUGGGGUCAAAUGAUAGCUCGUGCUGGGGCUGGCCCGGAUCCCAUUCCAUUCAAACAGAUGACGGCCGAUAGCCUCACGGAAAGCAUCACCACAGCCUUAAAGACGGAAGUCCAGAAAGGCGCCCAAGAGAUGGCCAAGACAAUUGCUGCAGAAAAUGGAGCAGAAGAUACCGUCAACGACUUCCUCGAAACCCUCGUCAGCGAGGACAAGCUACAAUGCGACUUGUGCCCAGACAGGGUCGCCUCUUGGCUACACAAAAAGUCGGGUGCUCGCCUCAGUGGGUUUGCGGCGGCCUGUUUAGCUGAUAGGGGCAUUCUUACGCCUGAUCAAUUCAAGCUGAUCCACCACAAGAGCUGGUAUGUCGAUGAAGGCGCCGAGCACCCGUUUGUAGGCAUGGUUGCUUCCGCCACCGGCUUCGUUACUGCCGUCGCCAUUGCCUCCUCUGACUAUUCCAAAGCGUGGAAGCAUAGGCCUAGCCACAAGGCCGAGAAGAAAGAAGCCACGGCCGAAUCCUCACCUGAGUGCAAAGAAACUGUACCCGAGGACCACGUACCAGAACCGACGACCCAUCCCGAUGGUCGGCCGAGAAUCCUGACGCAUGCGCCGACCAACAUGACGCCUUCCCAGAUGGAGCUCUCCGCCAGAAGAAUGGCAAAGAAGUCUCUCCGCACUGUGCUUGCUCCCGAGCCUGGAGUCAAACGCGCACCUACUUUCAAUGACAAACGCAAGGCAGAAUGGGAGGAGUAUGAGCAUGGCCAACACGGUCGCACAUUCUAUCUUGUUCGCAAGACUGGAAGAUUCGGUGUCGAGCUCGCCAAGGCAGGCCUCAAAGCCCCCGUCGCCUUCUUCUGGAACACGGCCAACGGCUUCCACAACUUUCCUUCAUAUGGCUAUGCCGGUAUCGAGGUCCGUCGCAGAGACCAAAUCACGGGCUUCGGCAGCGGUGUCCAGGUUGCGGGUAAAGAAUUCGUACUUGGUUUUUGGGAUGCCUUGUCCGGUAUCUUCGUUCUGCCGUACGAGGGUACCAGAGACGAAGGUGCCAGGGGCCUGGGCAAGGGUAUUUGGCGCGGUGGCAAGGGCUUUUUCUGCGGGCUGGGCGCUGCUGUCUUUGGUCUUCCCGGCUACACGCUCAAGGGCGUAGAGAGGGAGCUUUCAAAGCGCCAUCUCACCAAGCUCAAGGCCGAGAUCCUGCUCGUCAGACUUCGCAAGUCACUCAUGGACUUUCGCGAGGCAACAGAGGAACAGCGCGAGGAGGUCGUCCAGGCAUGGUUGGCCAAGUUUUAG